UGCUUGUCUCGUGGUGUGAUACCUCCCGCCUCUAGACACCGGCUGUCAUGGGAAAGUGCACACCCCUCCUCUACGCGUCCGCACUCCUGCUCUUUCGUGUGCCGCUGGCGAGACCUUUCCUGGUUGGUUCCGGGUCGCGUUUGCAAGCUGGCAAGCCCAGCUGCUACCACUAUGGACGACGACAUGCAUGCUCACGAGCCCCGACGAAGAACAUGAAGAUGUCCACUCCCAGCACACCUGUACCGCGCAACAUCAAGGAUACGGUAUCCUGUUUACGGGCCGCUGUGCAGGAAGGGCUCAAGGCGCAGCAGUCGCGCAUGGACGUGGACCUGCCCUUCGCCGCUCGCCUAGGCGUGGAGACGUCCGAUGAAGACAAAGACAAGAAGAAGUACACGGCUGCGGACGUGGAGCGAGCCGACCGAGAACUGGCGAGGCUGUUCCUCGAAAUGUUCGACGUCAUCGGAGACCAAGUGGUGGUGGCUUUUCCAACCGACGAAGACGCGAAAAAGGCCAUCAAGGUCUGGAGCAAGGGAGUCCCGUACAAGGGAAAGGUCACGUGCAUGGACCCCAGGCCCGCCAAGGGGCCGAAGCUCAAGCGGGGGGACACCAACGCCCUCGCCGGCUUCGCGAUGCAGGUCGAGGCCUCCAAGAAGGCCAAGAAAAAGAACAAGAAGGGCGGGAAGCAGCAGGGGGGGGGGGGCAAGGACAUCGGGGGCGCCGCGGGCAGGACCGGGACGACGGCUAGAGUUGUCCCUCCAGGGACCGAGGUGUUGCUUGUUGUGGCCCCAAAGCAGCAGGAGCUGAAGGCGGUGCAAAAGAUGUCCAACGACCUCGGCCAGGGGUGCUUGAUCGUCUUGCUGAACGCGCGCUUGCAUCAGGCAGAUUUCUUCGAUGACGAACAGCGGGAGUUCUUUGAGCAGGAGUUUGAGUCGAUGUUCCACCUGAGACCUGUGGCGGCCGAAAACGAAGACUUUUUGUACCGGGCGUACCCCAAGGACUGGACGGUAGCGAGAAAGCCCAAGCUGGGACCCCCAAAGGUGUUGAGUGCCCAGAAACAGCGGCCUACGGAGGCGGAGAUUCUGACGGCCGUCGAGAAGGGAGACAAAGCCGCCGGCGUCUUCGGCAACAUCUUCUGAGGUCGCGUUCGUUGGGCGCCUUCCAAACCCACCUGUGCUUUGCGAGCGAGCGCCCUGAAUAUGGACCUCAGCUUCGACAAGGAAUGACGCAUCGUACACAUCGAAACGACUCUCGUGUUUGUUGUCGCUGUUUCGAUCGUGGUUCGUUCACGUCGUGUCAACCCGAGCCUCCCACAAACCAACGCUGGUAUGUUUCUGUUUCUUUUUCAACGCGCAGGUCAAUCAACUGCGGCGUUGCUACACCGCAAUGCAACAUGCCCGUUGAUUUGUCGAUAGAGUCAGAUGUAUUUGCAAGUCGUCCUCACGUAUUGGCGAUCAAGACAUGAGGUCUUGUUCGGGAACAUGUGCGUAGCUUGCGGCAGAAGGUUCCGUGUCGACGAAGCAUAUUCGGUGGUAGUGUGGCGCGGUCGGUACGGACACUUGUUUUUUUGUUGCCAGCUUAAGAAAACGAGGCGAGCUUUUCAGCAAUGGCGUAUCAAUUGGUUCCAAGCGAAAUGGGUAGGCCCAGUAGGUGUGAAUACAGUGACGGUCGGGAUCGGUCUAGGCCUACGUGGGUAGCGUGAGCAGGCUACGGAGGAGAAACCCCGGUGUGGCCGACCCAUCACAACAGAGAAAUGUAGUACGCAAUCGACACUACCACGAAACUUGAAUUGAAAAAUGAAAGAUAUGCGACUAUGUUAU